UGUUUUUAUGAUAUAUGUGGUUGAAGCGCAUACCUUCAGCACUGAUCCCUAGGUCAGCAGAAAUUGUAGAAAUAAUUUCUGAGCACCUCCAGCAAUGUACAUCUAUGAGGUCAUUGAAGCAGGUCCAUGCUCCCAUGAUCACAAGUGGGCUCCACCGUGAAAAUUAUUUUUCUGUCAAGCUUGUAACUUUGAGCACUAAAGUAAUGGGGGAUAUCACUUAUGCCCGCAUGAUUUUUGAUUGCUUCUUCGACACAAAAAAUGUGUUUCUUUGGACUUCCAUGAUUGCUGCUUAUGCAGGGCAGCAAUCUCAGGACACAGUUGAAGCUAUUUUUAUUUACAGGAAGAUGCAAAGGCACAUGGUCAGACCUAACAGUUUUACCCUUUCUUCUGUCCUAAAAGUGUGUUCCUUUCUUUUGGCUAUCCAAGUAGGCAGACAAAUCCAUGGUCAUUCUGUUAAACUGGGCCUGAACUCUGACCCCUAUGUGCAGACAACACUGGUGGACAUGUAUGCUAAGUUUGGUUGCAUUAAGUCUGCAACAUAUCUAUUUGAAACAAUGUCUGAGAGAAAUAUUGUGGUAUGUAAUGCUAUGAUCAUGUGCUAUACCAAGGCUGGAAAUGUUGAAGCAGCCCAAAAAAUCUUCGACAAUAUGACCAACAGGGAUUGCAUUUCAUGGACUGCCAUGAUCUCUGGUUACAGUAACCAUGGAAACAUGCAAGCUGCACAGGAUCUUUUUUAUUUGAUGCCUGAGAGAGAUGCAUCUUCUUGGAAUGCAUUGAUUAUGGGUUAUUCUAAAAGUGGGGAAUGGCAUAGAGCUCUAGUACUCUUCAAUGAGAUGCAGCUGGAGAAUGUCAAACCAGAUCCAGUAACAAUGGCUGUCAUCAUUUCUGUCUGUGGACAUAUAGGGGCUUUAGAAACGGCAACACAAAUACAUGACUACGUAAAGAACAAAGGUGGUGUAAUAUUGAAUGUCCAUGUUUUCAAUGCCUUGAUUGACAUGUAUGCUAAAUGUGGGAGUGUGGAUAAAGCACAUCAAAUAUUCUGUGAGAUGCCCUUUAAGGACAUAGUGUCAUACAAUUCAAUGAUUGCAGGUUUUGCCAACCAUGGGCAUGCCGAAGAUGCCCUGAAACUUUUCUCAGAGUUAGUGCGUUAUGGUUUGCAACCAGAUGCCGUGACAUUUGUGGGUGUUUUAACUGCAUGCAGCCAUGCUGGACUGCUAGAUUUAGGCUGCAAAUUCUUCAAUUGCAUGACCCGACACUACAGAAUAGAGCCGUUGGUUGAUCACUAUUCUUGCAUAGUUGACCUUCUAGGCCGUGCGGGACUUGUCCAGAAGGCUUAUGAGCUGAUAAAAGUGAUGAAAGUGGAACCUCAUGCUGGGGUAUGGGGGGCUUUGCUAGCAGCAUGCAGGACUUACUGCAAUGUUGAAGUCGGAAAAAUUGCUGCAAAAGAACUUUUUAAGAUGGAGCCUGCAAAUCCUGGUAACUAUGUUUUGCUGUCUAACAUUUAUGCCAGAGCCAAUAUGUGGGAUGAUGUUUCUAAGGUCAGGCAUUGGAUGAGGAGAACAGGAGUGGCCAAAACAGAUGGAUGCAGUUGGAUAGAGAUUGAUGGGGUAUUCUCUAAUUCUUAACAGGAGACGCAACCCACCAGCAAUGCCAAUAUAACAUGAAUUUUCGAGAAGUUUGUCUUCGUACUUGUUGUUUGACAUCUGAUUUCAGUUCAUCUAAAUUGGAAUAAGGAAGUGUGGAGCAUUUUGUUCAUCGAACAGAAAAAAAAAAUCUUGAUGCAUGAUUCCAAUGAUGGAUUGGUGUUGUGUGUUUGAUAUGAUUGUUGGAGACCCGAAAUGGUGGGGAAAGGCUUUGCUAAAUUUGAGAGUAAGUAUUAUCUUUCUCCAUCAUAUCUAUUUUGCUGUGUAGACCAUUAGGAAUGAACUUAGGAGAUCUGGAAUUCUGGUUGCUUUUCAUGCUGGAUCUGAUUCAAGAUCAACCUUAACGUAGAAAACUUACCUACAUUUGUGGCCACUGCAGCUGAAGACUAUUAUGCUUGUUUGUAAGAAAACUAUUUUUCAUUGUUUAAAAAGUUGGAAAUUAGUUUCAUUUCAAUGAGGACUAUGCUCAUAGCUGGACUCACUUCUUGGCUCUCUAAUUAUCAAAUCAAACAUUUGAGCAUG